AUGUACUCCAUCCUCCUCCUCGGCGCAACAGGGUAUACCGGCACCCUCUGCGCCAAAUUCAUUGCCCAGCACUACCCUACGAACAUCCGCUGGUGCAUCGGCGGCCGCUCAGAACAAAGACUCAAGGCGUUGGCGAGGGGAUUGAGAGAGUUGUAUCCGGAUAGGCUGCAGCCCGAAAUUGAACUCGUUGAACUCACCAAAGAGAGCAUCGAAUCGGUUACCCGGAAGGCAAAGGUCGUGGUCAAUGGCGUCGGACCGUUCCAUAGGUUUUCCACGCCGAUUGUGCAGGCUUGUGCGCGGGCAGGCACACAUUAUCUCGAUUUCUCGACCGAGACGUUAUGGAUUGCGGAGUUGAUUGAGAGGUACGAGGAUGUUGCGAGGGAGAGCGGGGCUAUUAUAAUACCAGGGAUCUCACCGGCCGCACCGGCCGAUCUCCUUGCGUGGCUGAUCACAAAAACGACGAGGGAGACGCACUCCUGGGGACCGGGCGAGAUUGUAUCGUCUGGGAAGCUUAGCAUCAAAGCAAUGACCCCGGGCUCCCUGGCCACCGUUCUCGACAGUCUCACGACCUGGGGUGCAUCCUGGUACCUGUCCGGAAACUCGGGCUCCUGGGUGCUCACUUCCCGGAAGCAACCGCCGCGGCUGGUCCCUAAAUCACCACUUCUGUCUCGAGCGCUUGGCUACUGUCUUCAUCCCGUUCUGGGGCCUCUGACAACAUCCUUCGCGGGCCCCGGGAAUGCCUCGGUUGUACACCGCAGCGCAGCCCAGAACCCUGGGCUUUAUGGUGAUGAUUUCCAGUACAAGGAGUACCUUCCUGCUACGGGGAUGUGGAAUGCGAUCUUCAUACAUUGUGCUACAAAAGUCACCAUACUAUUGCUCUGGAUACCGUUUGUGAGGGGCUUAGUACGGAAGCUCCUGACUAUGAACGCGGGUGAUUUGCCUGAUCAAGAGGUGUUGAGGGGGGCUGAGCGUGCGGAGUACCGGGCUGUAGGUGGGGCUGGGGGUCGAAUAGGGACUGAAAAAAGAGUUAUUGAAGCUUCGUUGCUGCGGGAAGGGGCAUUGUAUGAGUUCACAGCGUUGCUAACCUGUGUUGGGGCGAGGGUCUUGUUAGAGAGGGGGAGCAAGGAGAGCGGAGGAGAGCGGGCUGGGAAGGGCGGAUUCUUUACGCCGAGUUUCCUAGGCAUGGAGUAUGUGGAUGGGCUAAGAGAUGCUGGCGUUGAGAUUGAAGUGAGGUCUGCGGAUGGCAACGCUUACUAG